UAUGAGUUGCAAGUGACAUCAUCUAACCGAGAACAAAGCUAGUUCUAAGUCGACUGAGAAGUUGUCACACCCUUAUUUUUUAUUGGAUCGAAAAGCCUUCAUUCUGAUUUGAUCUUGACCGCAGGUGGUGAACCACGGCGUGGGGGAGGAUGUAGUGAGAGGGUUCCGUGACGCGGCGGCGGAGUUCUUCGCGAUGCCAGUGGAGGAGAAGCUGCCCUACUGCUCCGACGACCAGAGCAAGCCCUUCCGUCUCGCCUCAAGCACAUCCUACGACAAGAGCGAGACGCGGUACUGGCGCGACUAUCUCAAGCUCCAGUGCCACCCGGUCUCCGACGAGCUCGUCGGCCACUGGCCGGCGGAACCAACAAGCUUCCGGCCGCGCCUCGCCGAGUUCUCCGAGGCGGCGCAUGAGCUAGCCCAGACGCUCCUCAGCCUCGUCGCCGAGGGUCUCGGCCUCCGCGCUGACUUCUUUGCCGGCGAUCUCAGUGGCGGCGAGACCCAGAUGAACGUCAACUACUACCCGCCGUGCCCGGACCCGAGCCUCACGCUCGGCCUCCUCCCGCACUGCGACCGCCACCUCCUCACCGUGCUCUCCCAGGGCGAUGUGGCGGGCCUUCAGGCGAGGUACAACGGGCGUUGGCUCCUCGUCCGCCCUGUCCCCGGCGCCUUUGUUAUAAACUUUGGCCACCAGAUGGAGAUCGUCACCAAUGGGGCGCUGGCCAGCGUGGAGCACCGUGCCAUCACAAACUCCGCCGUCGCGAGGAUGUCUGUGGCGACACUCAUCAUGCCCAAGAUGGAGUGCCACAUCGGCCCGGCGCCGGAGAUGGUGGAUGAGGUGACGAAUCCGGCCAAGUUCAGGGAGUUUGUGUUCAGCGAGUUCAUGGAGGCGUAUAACACCGCUGCCGCCAGCAGGGAGGACGUGCUCGACUCCUUCAGGAUCCACCGCGAUUAGCUCAAUAACGACGAUGGCAUGGAUAUGCACUAUAUUCAGUAAGAAGCAAGUAAGCGGCCCUGGAGCAGAACGGUCUGAAUGUCUAAUUACCAAAAGUUGUUGUGUCUGGGCAUUGACAUGAUGCCCCAUAUACAACUUAAUGUUUACUUCAUAUUGUCACAUACUCUAAAACAUGUGCUACUGUGGUGUUAACUUUUCAAGAAAAAGUUUGAAGUGUACGAUUGUCAAGUGUA